AUGGAGUUGGUAGCGGAAAAGGAGUCUGACCAGCAGAACAGCAACAACAACAACAGUGAGAAGAACAACAAUACUAGUUAUGCACAAGCACUUGUAGAUUCUCAUGAUUACAAUAACAAGGAAUCCGAUGAAUUUCGUGAACGUCAAGCUCGCGACCUCAAAGCUGGCUUCCAUCCCCUCAAGCACAAAUUCGUGUUUUGGUACACUCGUCGAACACUAGGAAUGCGAAGUCAGACACCGUAUGAGGACAAUAUAAAGAAAAUUGUUGACUUCACUACGGUUGAAGGCUUUUGGGUGUGCUAUUGCCAUCUAGCCCGUCCUGCUACUUUGCCUAGCCCAACAGACUUGCAUCUUUUCAAGGAUGGAAUUCGCCCUCUCUGGGAGGACUCUGCUAAUUGCCAUGGUGGUAAAUGGAUAAUACGAUUCAAAAAGGCUGUGUCGGGCCGUUUUUGGGAGGACCUGGUUCUUGCCUUGGUGGGUGACCAACUUGAUUAUGGAGAGAACAUAUGUGGUGCGGUACUAAGCAUUAGAUUCAAUGAGGACAUAUUGAGUGUCUGGAAUCGCAACGCUUCUGAUCAUCAGGCUGUAAUGGCUUUAAGAGAUGCAAUCAAGAGGAACCUGAAGCUUCCACACAGCUAUCUCAUGGAAUACAAGCCACAUGAUGCUUCACUGCGUGACAAUUCAUCAUACAGAAACACAUGGUUGAGGGGUUAG